UGCCCGCUUGCCCUCAGCGUCAUUAGUGUUACAUGCUGGUCUUUGCACCUCGCACGAAUUGAGAGCACUCGAAGGUUGGUUAUGACCUGUAGGGCGGCUCUGCGUUCAUCCUUUUCCCGAUCCUGAUGCGCUGUUUACCAUAAUACAUGGCUUCUCGAGCAGACACGUCGUCGGGCCGCUUCGGUGGACAAUGGGCCUUCCUUUCCACUCCUACACAUCAAGGGCAAGCAAGAUCCCUUCCACCGUCUUCCAGCUACCUUCGCAGCGACCGCAGUAACGUGUCCCCACUGUCGAACGCUUUGCAUAUCAAUCAGCUAAAUGCAUCCCGAUCCUCCCUACCUAGAAAUGGCCCAGCUCCGUCUGUUGGUGAUACUUCUACAACCAUCCCUUCCCAGCCUGUCCUGCUUCGAGUACAUUCCGAUACCGCUUCUAUCCAAAUCCAUCCUACGAACCGUUCGACUAAGCGGGCAAGAGAUAUGAGUAGAGAAGAGCUGCCACCGAUACAGGAAUAUAGCAUACAAUCUAUUCUCGCAGCUGUUCGAGAAGAGAUCGAAGACGAUGUGAAUGCCAUAUCCGAAAUUCUUGGAAGGAGUAGACUGGUUCUUGCUGAUCAGCAUGACAGUCAACUGCCUCCCCAAGGCGAGAUCAGGGCGUCGAGCAAUCACUUGCAAUCCGUGGCGGAAGCGAGCUCAAGCAAUGAAAGACUAGCGACUGACGAUGUUAUCAUAUUAGCGGAAGAUGCCAGUCUUGUGAAUGGGAGUCUGACUGGCUCAGCAGCAUAUCGUGUCCUCGAAAGAUCACAAGCUCAUCCACGAACGAGGGAACCGGCGGGCGAGAUCUCAGCUCAGUCUGCUUCUACUCCCGAGACCGGUUCUCUUCACAACGGCCCGGCACCAACGGAGCUUCUAGUGCUGCAAGUACCCGAUCACGUUGCAUACCAUGGUCAGCCACUAACUCCACGACGCUUGCUGCGAGACCAAGGCGCCGGACAAGAAACUUCUCUUACCACCACAGAUGCCGUUGUGUCAGAGACAUAUCUCUCCGCUGCAGCAAAUGCGAUGGCUGUAUCAGAAUUAGAACCACCAACAAGAUCUGAAAGCGGUCGACAAUAUCCACUGUACAGUUUUGACGAAAGUAAUCUCUUCGAAGGCUCAUUGUUGGUCGCUCCUCCUACUAGAACGACUAUCAGGGAAAGACUGCAAUCGUUCGUCUCAGCAAACGACUUGACCAGUCUUCUAUCGUGGGUGAAUGGACGCAACCAACGGGUGGUAACAGCAGAAGCCCAACUAAGAGAGAUACUAAACAGACAACCACAUUCGACGGGCCAAGACAACGACAACGAUGUACAAGAAGAAACUGAUCUAUAUCAGGAAUGAAUUGAAGA